AUGCCAGCCACCCUGCUCAGUUGGACAUCAGGGAAACUUCGACAACAGCCCGUAGAGACGGCCGCCAGCUGCCAACUUAGAGGCCAUCACAUUUUUGUCCCCGACCAAGUCAGUAAGCGUGGGUUCCUUAUCGACUGCGGUUCUGACAUCUGCUGCUUUCCCCGACCCUUCCUGCACGACAAGCGCCCUUGCACGUCGUUCGAGCUAAGUGCGGUGAACCAUUCAAGCAUUAAGACCUACGGCCGACACCGCCUCAACAUCACCCUCAAAAACCUACGCCGUGAAUUCCCAUGGAAUUUCGUCAUCGCCGACGUCGGAGAGCCAAUCAUCGGGUCCGACUUCCUGGCGCACUACCAUCUCUUACCUGACUGCCGGCAUGACCGACUUAUCGACGCCACAACAGGCCUCUCCGCGCCGGGCCAACGCACGACUACCCAACAGCCCAGCGUUAAAGCUUUCACCGUUGAAGAUCAAUCGCCAUACCACGCCAUCCUCGCAGAAUUCCCUGACCUCACACGACCUAGCGGGCGUCCCCGAGAUGUACGCCACUCAACCGUGCACUACAUCCGCACUACUCCAGGCCCCCCGGUCUCCUGCCGCGCCCGCCGCCUAGCUCCGGACCGCCUUCGAAUCGCCCAAGCAGAGUUUGAAGCGAUGCUCCGCGAGGGUACUGCCCGCCGCUCGGAGGGGCCUUACGCCUCACCGCUUCAUUUGGUGCGGAAGAAGACCGAUGGCUGCGCCCCUGUGGAGAUUAUCACGCCCUCAACGCCCGUACAAUCUCAGACAGGUACCCCGUUCGUCAUAUACAGGAUUUUGCCCACCGCUUACACGGCCGCACCGUAUUCUCAACUCUUGACUUGGUAA